AAUUGUAGGGGUUUUGAUAAUGAUGGGAUAAAGACCUAGAUCAAAAUGCACCACAAAAGUCAAUUAGGCCAUGUUGUCUUCUUUUGAGCACUUAGAAUUUGUCUUCUCUUCCUUUCUGACAGAGGUACUCAAAAGAAAGCAAGAGAAGAGGAGAGAAGACCUACCAGAAAAGGAAAGGGGAGAGAGAAGUUUGAAGCAAAAGCAAUAGGAGAGAGUAUAUAGAAGUAAUAAGAAGAAUACUUAUAGGAGGUGGGUUUUGUGGAUGCAGAUAGAGGCCAAAUUGAAUUUGGAGCUGUGACAAAUGCAGAAAAUGAAGAGCCUUGGGAGCAUUUCUAAUAGUGGGAGGCUAUCAACAGAGGAGAGCGAGGAUGAGGAAGUUUCAAGAUUGGCAAUAUCAGCAUGGGAAGCUAGAGAGGAAGAGAUUGAGAGGAAGAAGAUGGAAGUUAAGGAGAAAGUUGAACUUCAAUUGGGUCGUGCUGAGGAAGAAACUAGGCGUUUGGCACAGAUUUGGGAAGAGCUUGAAGUGAUGGGAGAUCCCAUGAGGAAGGAACUUGCAAAUGUAAGGAAGAAAAUCGACAUGGUUAACCGAGAGCUGAAGCCACUGGGACUGAGCUACCAGAAGAAGGAAAAAGAAUAUAAAGAAGCGCUGGAAAGCUUCAAUGAAAAGAACAAAGAGAAGGCUCAACUUGUAACCACACUGAUGGAGAUGCUGACCGAGAGCGAGAGAUUGAGGAUGCAGAAGCUAGAGGAGCUGAGCAAGAACAUAGAACCCACACAUUGAAAUUUCCUAAUGCUGAUCAGAAGAUUCCAUUGUCUAAUAUAUUCAAUUGGUACCUCUGGAAAUAAAUUUUUUGGAUGUAUGGAGAUUAAAGACUAGAGGAAUCUGCAUUCUUGGCAGAUGUCUCGUUUCAUUGUAUCAAUCCAGAUAAGAGAAAUUCAAAGUUCUAUGGUAAAACAGCAA